CCGUUUGAACGGGCUCGCGGCGGCGGGCCCGGGGUGCGCUAUGGGCACGGUAGGGCCGGCGGAGGAGGGGGCGUCCGCCACUACCACAGCGGCUACUCCCGCCGGGCCGAGACGCAUCGAGGUCCCCCGGCCGCCUUCCAUCGAGGAGUUCACUAUCGUGAAACCCAUCAGCCGCGGCGCCUUCGGGAAGGUGUACCUGGGCCGCAAGGCGGGGAAGCUCUACGCCGUGAAGGUGAUGAAAAAAGCGGACAUGAUCAACAAAAACAUGGUUCACCAGGUCCAGGCAGAGAGGGAUGCAUUGGCUCUCAGCAAAAGUCCUUUCAUUGUGCACUUAUACUACUCACUUCAGUCAGCUAAUAACAUCUAUUUAGUGAUGGAAUACCUUAUUGGUGGAGAUGUCAAAUCUCUUCUCCAUAUUUAUGGAUAUUUUGAUGAAGAAAUGGCUGUUAAGUACAUUUCUGAAGCAGCAUUGGCUCUUGACUAUCUUCAUAGGCAUGGGAUAAUCCACAGGGAUCUGAAGCCAGACAAUAUGCUCAUUUCUAAUCAGGGGCAUAUAAAGUUGACAGAUUUUGGGCUAUCCAGAGUUACUCUGAACAGAGAGAUAAAUAUGAUAGAUAUCCUUACUACACCAUCAAUGGGAAAGCCAAAACAAGACUACUCGCGUACUCCAGGACAAUUGUUGUCUCUCAUCAGCUCUCUAGGUUUUUAUAGUCCUGCUGGAAUGAAAAUGCCAGGGCACAAUUCAAGUCAAUCAUCUGACAGCCUGCAUGGAAUGGUUUCUCCCUUACCUGUGAUGCAAAAGGAGAAUACUCCUCUUUCAACUAAAAUGUUCAAAACAUAUCUUGACACUUCUCCAUUAACUCCUGUGAUGCCAGUGAGAAGUUUAACUCCUACUCUGCUUCAGUCAACAAAAAGGUUUGCUAACUCCAGUGCCACUAGUCAGUCACACACGUACCUAUCCAGCAUGGAAUCGGAAUGCUGCAGCAGUCCCAGGUGUGAGAAAGAUGUAGAGCAGAGUGAAGAUGAACUACGUUCUGCAACAGGCAAACCAAGUAACAGUGGGUCAGCUCUCCAUUCACAUGUAGAAUUACUGAACGGCAAAGGUAUUGAAAUUUUAAAGAAAAAAGAACUGGAGUCUGCCGUUUCUCCCAUCAGCAGCAAUGAUUCUGGCAGCAGGCAGAAGUUGGGAGGUGAACGUUCUUAUAUAAUGGAUACUCCUGUGACUGCACUGGAUGUGAAAGGCAUAGCCAGGAAAUGUCUUUCUGAAAAUAAGAUUUGGGAAGAAAAACUCUUCAUAAAUAAAAGAGAGAUGAUUAAUGAAACGGCAGAAACUUCCAAUCAACAACAGUCGCCUUCAAGGCAGAAGGAGCCUGUCAAGCCUAUCAAAGAGGAAGAAAUUUUUGAAAAGCCAGGUGUAAAAAGAAGCUUUGAAUUAGUUGACACCAGUCCCUGUCAGGAAUUUAACUAUGUUAAAAAAACCAACGCAGAAUAUAAACGCGGCUGUCAGAUCUCAGAAUUUCCAGCAAGCAAAAGGACUGGUUUGACAACAGAAAUUCAGUCCUUAAUGCUUUGUGAUGAUGAGUGUCUACGUGACACCUGCAAGAGCACAAAAGAAGUUCAGAGUUUUAUUGGUAACCAGCAAACAGUAGAAAAAUCACUUACUCCGAUUAUAGCCAAGAAUCUUAUGCGUGAUCUGGAUGCAGACUAUGAAAAGGAUGAUAAAAAGGAGUACAUGAACUCAAGUUUUUUAGGCACUGACGAUGAAAAACCUUUAGGAAUCCUCAGUGCAGAUUCUGACUUAUCAUUUCCUGAAAUGUCUGUUACAGAAAGCCAUUUAGAAAAGCAGCUUUUAGAUUUGGACAAAAGUGUUAAAGACCUCUCCUUUGAGGAACCGAAAACAGAAGGCAUUCUAAUAACAUCACCAGAGUCUCAAGGUACCUCGCAAAAUGGAGAAGAAGCACGUACUGUCCAGGACUGUAAGCAGUUACAUCACGAAAAGCAUAAUGAACAAAAACACAUGAAAGAAAAUUACCUUGAUGUGGUAUCUUCUCCUUCAGAAAAGAUGAUGGAAACACUGAAUCUUUUUAAAAAAAAUGCUGUUGUUUUUCGAAGCUAUAGUAGUUCUAUUAACGUAUCCAACAUAUCUGAGCCAUGUAGCAUGGCCUCCUUAGAUAUAAUGGAUGUUUCACCUGCUUGUAGUGGCUCUUACCCAACUGCUAUUACUCCGUUACAGAAAGGAAGACCCUAUAGGGCCUAUCAGACACCUCGUCAGGGAGAUGCUGGCACACCAUAUAGGACUCCAAAGAGUGUAAGAAGAGGAGCUGCCCCAGUGGAAGGUGAACGCAUCCUAGGGACCCCAGACUACCUGGCACCUGAACUGCUUUUGGCAAAGCCGCACGGUUCUGCUGUAGACUGGUGGGCCCUUGGCGUUUGUCUGUUUGAAUUUCUAACUGGAAUUCCACCUUUUAAUGAUGAAACACCAGCACAGGUCUUCCAAAAUAUUUUGAAAAGAGAUAUUCCCUGGCCCGAGGGUGAAGAAAAGCUGUCUGAUAAUGCCCAAAAUGCAAUAGAUAUUCUGCUGACAAUUGACAGUACUAAAAGAGCUGGACUGAAGGAACUGAAACAUCACCUGCUCUUUCAUGGUGUGGACUGGGAUAAUCUACAGAAUCAAACUAUGCCGUUUAUACCUCAGCCGGAUGAUGAAACUGAUACCUCUUACUUUGAAGCUAGAAAUAAUGCUCAGCACCUGACUGUGUCUGGAUUUAGCUUGUAGCAUGAAGAUAAGUGAACUGUCCCCAUGGUCUUGGACACUUACAGGCUGUCCUAUAACACUAGCUUGGUCUUAACCAAGUUUCCUUGGCAAAUUUAGAGUGUUUUAAGUUAUCAGUCUGUUUUUAUUAUUGUAUCCUUUAUUCUAAAGUGAAACUAUUGUGUGAAGCUUGGCUGGUAUCAAGUGCCUUCAUGCUACUUUUUAUCUCACUUACUGCACCUUACCAAGAGGCCAGAGCACUGUAUUUCUUGGAGUUAAUAACACUUGGCAAUGAUGUGGCUUUUUUUUAAUAGUAAUGAGUAACGCCAGUUAGAAGCUGUAACUUAUUUACCAGUUGAACAUAAUACGGAAAGGACAUGAAGGCAUACUACUUGUAUCUCAUUUUAAUUUACCUGUUUGUGGUUCACUGUCAUAGUUUGGGAGUAAUCCUUUCGGACCAGUCUGAAUGCACAUACACUGUACAAAGCUGAUGUAUGUUUGAAGUGGAAAAUCAAAAUUUUAAUGCAGCGUUGAAGCGUGUUACUGCUGUUUAUCUUCUCCCAAGAAGGAUUAAAAGAGACAGUGUUGUUCAGCUUUCAGUCAGCCAGACCUGGCAUGUGAGACUGAGGGUGGUUCUACUGGUUAAUAUGCUUUCCUAGAGAAAUGGUGUAGGGAAAGAAUACUUGGGGCAAGUCUGUUUUAAUUGGUGCAGUGUAACCGCUGACACUGUAGGAAGAUGGACUGAACAGCGUAUUUUAGAAAUUACUUGUUUUAAAUAGAAAAUGCAGAGUACGCUUGCUCCCUUGUGGCAGAUGGAUCACCCGAGUGUUAGCCAACAAGUGAAGUGUUACUGAAGCUGCUCUGUAUUAAACACUAUAAUGCAUUGCAUAAUAGCAGACUUUUUCUGUAAACUUGUAACUAGAUCUUACACUUGUAACUUAAGUUCCAGUAAAACCUAUUUCGUAUUAUAAAUCCUAAUUGGGGGAAGCAUAUUUAAGUCUGUUUUCAAAUGCAACACGACUUGCACCUGCUAGGUUUUAGAGGUUGGUUUGUAGGUGAUUCUUGAUUAUCUUCAAUAUUUCUCUUGCACAGGUCUCUUUCUCAGCUGACUUAAUGAAGAUUUUUAUUUUUCAGGUUUGUGUUUGCUAGGUAAAGCCCAGUUGUUCUUAAUGGUGGUGCCAGCAGCCAAGCAUUUUGCUAGACAUAUUCGCCAAGUGGCUUUCAAGUCUCAUGAAUUGACCCUUCUUGCAGGGGCAGUGAGUUGUCCCUUUGUUGCCCUGCUUCCAGGACAACAAGAUUUACUGAUGGAAUUCUGAGCAGUGCCUGCUGGGCUUCCUGCUGUCCCCUCAGGCAGCAGGAAAAGUAAUGGGAAUGGUGGAGAGAAAAGGAAGAUUCUAGAAGGACCAAAAGAGAGUGAAUUCUUAACAGUUCAGAAUGGCAAAUCCCAGCUCUAGGUGAAAUAACUUAAACACAGGGAAACAUCACCUGGAGGAGUUGCCUGUCACUAACUCUGCUAGUGACCUCAGUUUCAGAAGACUUCCAAACUGUUGAAUCUUACUGCAAUGAAUGUUAUCUGAAAAAGGUGCAAAUGAACAGGAAUGUAAUGCAUUACUGAAGCAAGAUCCAUAGACAGCAUUCUCUGAAUGUGAUGAGAAGUUCUUCAGCCUUUCCCGAGUAUACUUAGAAUAUAUAAACUGGGGAGAAGGAAUACCUCAAGUCAUCACUAGUAAUUUAUGCAAUUUAUUCUGCCAUUUAUAGUAAUCUGGUUUAAGAAAAGUACUGUUACAAGAACAAAUCUCAGUUUCAGGCUGAGGAAAAAACCUCUAAAAAUGUGUAGGAAAUGUGAACCGAACACCACAACAGCUGUGUCCUCAGCGCAGGUUACAGCCUGUUCCUGUUUUUUGCAGUAUAUUAAUACAUUCCCUUCAAGAUGGAAAAAAUGAGUCACAGGGGUAUGGCCUAAAGAAAAACUCUCACCCCUUGAAGUCAUGCAAGGGUCAAAUAAGUGUCUUGUCCACCCUUACCACUGAAGACUUGCAAUGCUCCCUUCUCUCGAUAUCUAGCAUUUAUUUAUCCUGAUCACCACAAACAUGAUUUGAAUUGCACAUAUUGGUUGUUAGGGUUUGUGGUGCAGUUUUGUUUGUUUGUGGGAGUUUAUGGUUGUGGGGUUUUUGUUGUUAAAGUGAAUCCUAGCUUUAUUCUUCAACAUGGAGUUCCUUGCCAACUCUUAAUCUGGUUGGUUUUGCCCCACUUAUUGCCUGACUUGAAACGCUACACUGAAAAGUACAAAAAGCCAUAAUGUAAUUGGUGAAAGAGAGAGAAAAGUUUCUUCUCAUCAGUCAGCAGCUACAAAUAUUUGUGUAAGGGGGCAAAAGCUUUUGGUCCUCAGAAGCUGUGGAAUUCUGCUUGGCAAGUACUCCAGCCGUUACCUGGUGGUUCUCAAAUGCCUAAACUCUUUGCAUUCAUAACCUACAUACAAAUUCUGUAGCUUCCAGGUUAUCUUGGAAGACAGUUGAUUAGCUGUUAUUAGUUGGGCAGAACUGUGCUAAAAGCUGCAGAGAUCAGCAAGUGCUGCAGUUCUUACACCAAGAGCUGUCUUGGACAGCCCCUGCGACGCAGAAUUUGCUGUUCAGCUCCCCGGAGCGCUGCUCUGUGCUUGGAGGCCCAGACACUGAAAUGCUGCCAUGUGUUCUUGAGUGAGUACAGGUCCCAGAUUCUGCACGAUCAGGCUCACUGAUGGUUACUCUUACAGUAAAAUGCAUUCUUUUCCUCUCUAGUGUGUUCUCAAAAAACUUACUUUGCCCACUUUUGUUUAAAUAAAAUAGUGCAGUCCCUUUCUUGCCGCUUCUGCCUUUUCUUCUACAGGUAGGAGGCUGGGAGGUGGGUUUUCACACAAAGAAAUCCUGAUUGCUCCCCCCUGCCCCAUCAAAGAGUGAUUACAAGCAGGAAAAUGCCUUGUACUUUCUAACACAGGUGUGGGUAUGUGCUUUGAGUCAUGACUUGCCAACACCCCAUCCUCUUGCAGUCUUUUUUACAAGAUAUGGCUGUACUCCAUGGCCUGGCAUCUCACAGCUGGUCUGUAACCUCUGUGGUAACCACUGCUGGCUCCAUCUCCCCCAGCACUUACUGCACUGUCACAGGACCAAUGCAGGAGUGGGCACAGGGCCUUGAGGAGAGAACAGCCGCCCCACACGCUUAGAGCGGGCUCUGCUCUGUUUCCCUCAGCUGAACAUGGAUUAGGAGGGGGAACAUCUUCCAUCUGCUUUCACACCGAGCAAACCUAUGCUCUUUAGAUGAUUCACUGCAGUGAACUAGCCGGACAUUUGCUUCAGAAGUGCUGUUUUGAGCUGGGUCUGGAUGUUUCCCGUGUUCCACAGACCGGUUCUGCCUGCCAGCUCCUGCUGAGGCAAACACCAGCUGGAACAUCCUAUCCCAGUUUGGAGCUCUAAUGAUCUGCUUAGGCCACUUUCUUCAAGUUACUUAUUUCUUGGUGCCUUUAUCAAAGCCAAAAGCUGCUGUACAGCAUAUAUUAAACAGUAAGGAAGUUCAAGAUAAAAUAGAAAAUGUUGAGGGAGUGAUUUAUUGACUUAUGAAUAAAUAACAAGGAUGGCACGUGCCUACAUUUAUUUCUGUGGUAAGUUAGGUACCUUGGGACUGUCCAGGCUGCCUCUACAAGCCAGACACCGACAUGGAACAGGGCUAGAGCUGCAGAGGAUGCACUUGGCCUGGCAGGAGCCAAGGCUGCUUCAGGAGGGUUUUUUAAAUGACCUUCAAGCUAAGUUCGUGCAGCCUCCCUGCGUGAGCAUCUCCAUCAUCUUAUCUCAGGAACUUGAAGCUACAGGAACAAUGGCUUUAGGUCGCAGCAGAACUUCCAGUGUACGCUUUAAAAGGUUCAAAGUGGAGUUUUCAGUAAAUCUUAUGCCAAAACUCAUCUUUGGCAGAUGAGGGCGCCUGACCUCUUACAGCAGGCUACAAAAAGGCUCCCAUCAUUUCAUCUUUUAAUUCCGGUUUACAAUAAGAAAAUCAGAAGAUGGGAAAAGUAACUGCUAAAAUAUCUGCACUUAACUAAAAACAAGACUGUUUUACCAGAGAAAUUUUAAACAUGAAAUUCUGUGAUUAUAUUUCUAUACAGUACAGCUUGUAUGAAAAGCAUCUUCCAAACUAUGAAAGAUUUUUGGGAAGGCCAAAAAAAUAACUUUCCUCAAAAAUUGUUUGUAAUGUGCAGCCCAGGAGGAGAAUGAAAGCCCAUCAAUAAUAUGGUGAAAUAGCUCAAGAUUCAGAUCUUACACACUGGCUGUUACAUCUGUUAUGAUGGAAACUUUUAUAGCAAAUGAACAUCUUAGAUUUCUGCCAAAUCUAAAUAUAGUGCAUUUCCCUUUUCCAGAGAUAU